ACAACGAUUCAUUUCGUGAAUAUGGAUUGCAUGCAGUGGUCUGCCAAAUCGACGAUGGCACCCAAAAGAAUUUGGUUUCGCUGAUUAACGUAAGUAAAAAAUAUCAUACAUUGAAAAUGGCGGCUGGCGGCAACAGUGGUGAAGAGCAACAACAAUGGUAUAUUUUUAAUGAUUUCAGCGUCUCACCAGUUUCAAUACAAGAAUCUGUUUGGUUUACCCUCGAUUGGAAAGUGCCUUGUGUACUUUUCUACAGCAGCAUAAGUACGGAUGCGCCAGUUCCAUCUAUCACGCCUGCUAUAACCACAGCUACAGCUACAGUUACAGCAGCUGCGAAAAGUGAUAUACAAAGCAUCAGCACAGAAACGGAAUUUGCCCAUCAUAACCCAUUCAUACAAGAUAUAACAAAUCCUGUACAGCUAGCGCCAGCGCCAAACAGCAUGGGCGAUGUAUUAUUUAAGCCAUUGCAAACGAAUGAAAUGCCACAGGCAGGUGAUUUGGUCGCUAUGGAUGCUGAAUUUGUCACAUUGAAUCCCGAAGAGAACGAAAUACGUCCGGAUGGCAAAACAGCAACCAUAAAACCAUGUCACAUGAGUGUGGCGCGUAUUUCAUGCAUACGCGGUCAAGGUCCUGAUGAAGGUGUACCUUUCAUGGACGAUUACAUAUCAACGCAGGAGAAGGUCGUCGAUUACCUAACACAAUUUUCGGGGAUAAAACCGGGUGAUUUGGACGCGAACUUUAGCAGUAAACGACUGACAGCGCUCAAAAAUUCAUAUCAAAAGUUGAAGUAUUUAGUGGAUGUUGGUGUUAUUUUUCUUGGACAUGGAUUGAAAAAUGAUUUCAGAGUAAUUAACAUUUAUGUGCCGUCGGAGCAAAUUAUCGAUACUGUGCAUCUAUUCCAUCUACCACAUCAUCGCAUGGUAUCGCUAAGAUUUCUCGCUUGGCACUUUUUGGGAACAAAAAUACAAUCGGAAACUCAUGACUCCGUCGAAGAUGCGCGCACCACAUUGCAGCUGUACAAGCAUUACCUGAAAUUAACGGCGGAAAAGAAAUUCACCAGCGCGCUCAAAAAUUUGUACGAUCGUGGCAAGCAUCUGCAAUGGAAAGUGCCUGAGAAAGAUUGAGUGUGGACGGACGGGCGAGCGUGUGUUACCGUUGCGACGGACGAAUAAAAUGAAUGCGUGGAUGGACUGAUUGUAGAAUGAAAGGAGUAAGGAAAUUCCAUAUGGGCAUGCUAGUGUGUGAAAUGUCGAGAUUUUGUAUUAUGAAACUGAAGUGUGCAACUUUUUAAGAUAGUCUUCAACUUGUUGCAGUUGAAAUGCACAAAACCUUUUAACUCCACAGAUACACACACACACA